AUGAAUAGGAUCAGAGCUCCAGCUGUGCUCUCCCAGGGGAAGAGACAGAAAGGGAUGCAUUCCCCAAACCUUUCCUGCAGUUAUGAAAUAAAAUUCAAUAAGUUUGUCAUUUUUAUUAUGCAGAGGAAGAUGGGGAUGACCAGAAGGACAUUUUUGAUGGAGCUGGCAAGAAGAAAAGGUUUCAGAGUAGAAAGUGAGCUAAGUGAAUCUGUCACUCAUAUUGUGGCCGAGAACAACUCUUACCCAGAGGUGCUGGACUGGCUGAGAGGACAGACUGUGAGAGACAGCUCCAGGUUUGAACUACUGGAUAUCUCCUGGUUCACAGCCUGCAUGGAAGCGGGAAGACCAGUUGAUUCAGAAAUGAAGUAUCGUCUCAUGGAACAAGUUCAGUCUCCUCCUUUGAAUACACCUGAAUCAGAAGUGCCAUUUAUUGCAAGCAAAGUAUCUCAGUAUUCAUGUCAAAGGAAGACAACUUUAAAUAACUUCAACGAGAAAUUCACGGAUGCCUUUGAGAUAAUGGCUGAAAAUUAUGAGUUCAAAGAAAAUGAAAUAUUUUGCCUGGAAUUUCUGAGAGCAGCUUCUGUGCUGAAAUUUCUUCCAUUUCCAGUAACCAGAAUGAAAGAUAUACAGGGAUUGCCCUGCAUGGGAGACCAAGUCAGAGAUGUCAUUGAGGAGAUUAUUGAGGAAGGAGAGAGUUCUAGAGCUAAAGAAGUGUUAAACGAUGAACGAUACAAAUCGUUUAAG